GCAACCGCCCGGACGCGCGCGCCGGGGCGGGGCAUCGGCUCCAGGCGGCUGUGGCCGCAGAGGCGCAGGCGCUCCCGGAAACCACGACUUCCCGGAUCCACUAGGUUUGCCCUGUUCCUGCUCUGCUGUUUGGGAACUUUGAUGUUCUCUCAUACGGGACCCAUCUAUCAGCUACAACCAAAAGAAAUACAAGCAAUAAUCGUAGAAUUACAGAACUUGUCUAAGAAACUUUUGGAUGACUACCUGAACAAAGAGAAGGGAGUGCAAAAAUUCGACAGUGACUUGCCGUCAUGUUUCACCUCUGACUCCCAAGCACCAGGCAACAUCAACAGCUCAGCCAUCCUGCCUUAUUUCAAGGCCAUCAGUCCAUCAUUAAAUAACGAUAAGAGCCUUUACAUCAUAGAACAGCUCGACAAACUCAAUUUUCAAAAUGCACCAGAAACAGAAGUUUCUAUGCCUACAGAUAACUUUGAACGUAAAAGAUUCAUCUUGACCAUUUUACGAUGGUUUUCAAACUGCCUGGAACAUAGAGCUCAGUAGGUCAUUUAAGGCCAUCUGGUUGAACCGAUUCCUUACAGAAUGACAGAAACGUAUGAAGCCUGAAAAAGAGAUGAGCUCAGUGUGAGAACUCUGCUGUCAGUUAUUAAGUAAAUGAUUCCAUGAACUAUCUCAAUGAAUCCCCAGAUGGGCCAGUCCUGCAAGGACUGAGAUAAUCAAUAGAUGAGUUGAAUUGUAAAAGAUUUCAAGUUAUGUCAUUGUUUUUCAUCUUGGUAUUUAUAGAAUAUUUUUCUUCUUCAGACUUAAAUGUUACUUUUUCUCAGUAAACCCUUGUGAGGGUAGGAGGUGGCAGCUAUGUUAGUUUAUUGAUAUUUAUUGUAUUGAGAGUUAAUGCUCCUCGGAGGAGCUCUUGGAAACUAUUUAAUAAAUUAUAUUGAAUUUUCCUCAUAAUCUGUCUUGGAUUUUGUGAGAAGGUUAAAAUGCGGGACUGGGAAUCCGGGCUGGGUGGUAUGACUGAGGGAACGUGGGACAUGCUGUGGAAACAGAUACUAAUUCUGUCACUGCCAAUUCUCCCCACAGGACAGGCUCAGUUGCAAAUGAUAGCAAUUCUAGAAGCAACAACCAUUUAUUAUUUUCUUUAUGCCAGGCCAUGUGGUGGGGAAACUGAGGCAAGAAGUCAUUUAGUCACUUGCCCAAGGUCACACAGCUGUGAAGUGGUGGGACUCAGAUUCAAGCUUGCUCUUCACCGCUCUGCCCAACCUUUGUCCCUCCUGGACAGUGACGGGGUCUUAGAGGCACUUAACGCCAUGCCUGGCACAGAGCUAUCAUUCAAACGUCUACUGCGUGAUUCCCUACUGGAUUUCCAGUGCCUCUGCUCCUGCAAAGACCUGUUCCAUCAUUUCGUCAGUGAUAGCUUCACAACCAGGGCCAAAGAUUUUAUUGUUUGAAUAAAUGUUGGGUCCCAGAUUCUUACAGAUCAUCUGGAUUAAUGGUUCUCAAAGCGUCUCUGGACCCACAGCACCAGCAUCACCUGGGAAUGGGUUAGAAAUGCAAAUCCCUGGACCUCACCCCAGACAUGGUGGGGGUACAGCCAGCAAUCCGUGUUUUAAUGAAACCUCCAGGUGAUUCACAUGCACGCUCAAGCCUGAGAACCACUGAUCUAGAGUCGAUCAGCACCUUCAUCUUCAUCUUAUUUUGGGGGAAACUGAGGCCCAAAGAGAGACUAUGAUUUUCCCAAGUUCUCAUAUAAGGGAGGUGAGGUUAGGACUCUGAGAGAUGCAGUUCAGCCUUGGACCUCUUCUCAUUCUUACUCUUGGUAUUUCCACUCCAGUCCAACACCAGGCUUUUAAGCCCCCAAAUGUCCUAGCCUUCAAUGACAAUAUUUUGGUCAAUACAUUCAGAAACACCUACUGUGGUGGACACCUAUCAUUCUUUUUAACUGUCCUAUAUUGGAACACCUUUACUAUUACUAGAAAAAUUAUCCAAAAACUGGGAAAUAAGGCAAAAAGAUGACCAUAUGUCCUUCCAAAGAGCAAAAUAAAUAUCCAUUAGUCUGCAGUGACAUAAACAAACAAACGGAGGAGAAGGGACAAAUGUUCCUUACAGAGUUUUAAUUAGUAAAUGCAGAGGAAUGAGGGAAAGAGGUAGUCACCGUUGGAACACUGCAGAGCGAAUUGCUCCACGCGGGCUCCGCACACACGGCUGAAACCUACGGGCGACACUUGGAGGAGAAGCAGGGAACCUGCGUAGCCUCGCGGCACUUUCCCUCAGAUGUUUACUAACGAUCGUGGCGGGUUAACUCGCAUCCACACACUCUCUGCCGUUCCUCCUCC